UGAUUAGUUCCUUUUUUCAGAAAUAAUGGUGCCCCUGAAUGAAUAAAAGUGUGGUACAGCUGCAAAGUAAGGAGGGGGGGCUCGGAGUCCUGGUGCCCCACCUCCUCACCUCUGGGAUGAACCAGGCAGAUGUUAAGAUAAUUACAGCAGAUGGAUUCAGAUUUAUGGCGCAUAGUUGUGUUCUGAGUGCCAGUCCUAUUCUCAGCUCCUGCUUGAGAUUAGUAGAUGUUAGAGUUGGAGGAGAUUCUUUAAUUCAUCUGGAUUUCUCUCAGACUACAGUCAGAGCACUUAUCCACUUUCUAUACACAGGGUCGGUUCAAAUGAAAAGAAGCUUUAAAUCUGAAUUCAACAAGCUGUGUGAAACUUUAAGAUUGAAUCCUUCUGUUACCGACGAUAGCUUGCUGUCGGAGCAGGAUGAGGAUCAGUCGGAGAGCUUGCGGCAGGAGCUGGUUCAGGAUCGAUCCGAGAGCUUACUACCGGAGCAGGUACAGGAUCGGUCGGAGAGCUUGCUACCGGAUCAAAUUCAGGAUCGUUCCGAGAAAGCUCCGGCUCUUUCUAGCUCCGAACUAGAUUCAGUUCUGUCCAAGAGUUCAAUCAAUGAAAACAUGAUUGUGAAUCCUGAAGUAAACAAUGAAGAUGUUACCGACGGAGCUAAUCUUGAUACCCGGAAGAAUGAUAAUGAUCUUGAUAAAUCCAUAUCUCCAAGUUGUAAUAAUGUGGAGAAGAGUGAACCCGCGGUGUGUGAUAAGGAAACCAACGGUGAUAAAAUAAUGGUUGAGUCAACGGAUAAACUUGAUAAACUUGAACUCAGUCCUGGUGAAGUUAAUGUAAUCUCUACUGAGCCUGGAGUACCUGACACAUUCUACUGUGAUAUAUGUUUUAAAAUAUUUACUAGUAACUCAGCUUGGGAUAAACACUUGGAAGCCGAGCACAUUGUCGGGGGUGCAGAGCAUAUAGCUGAGGGGGACCAGGAUAGAUCUUACGACGAAACCCCAGAGUCCAUCUCAGUUUUCCUGGAUGAAUUGAAUAAAGUUCACGGGAGCAAGGAGGAAGUUAAAGAUGCUACAGAGAAUAUUAUUGAAGAGGGAACGCAUACGGAAGAACAAUCUGAUUCACCAGUAUUUACAAACGACAAUGAAGAGUCUGCUGAAGAUGAAAAUGAUCUAUAUCCUGAGCUGGAGAAUGAUCAAAACUCCUCCCUGGAUAGUGUGGAUAGAUCAGAUAACGAGUUCAAGAUGCCGGAAAACUUUGAUAUUCCGCAGGAUUAUAUCCAGGAAAUUGUUCCCAAGAAAAGUAUUAGUCUCCAGCCUGAGGAACUGCUGGCCAACCUCGGAGUUCCAACCAAUCCUAUUUCUUUAAACUCGUCAAGUUUAACAACGAAAUCUUCCACAGCUAAACCUGUUGAGCCUGCGCGAGUUUCUCCUGAUCUGAUAACCUACUACUCCAGAGAUACAAACUCGAAAUCAACUAAAACCACAAAGCGUCAUCUCUCCGGAGAUUCUAAACGGAACCGGAAACAUCAGAGUUAUGUGACAGAACUAUUUGGAGAAUGUUCUCAGGAGAGUGAAGGUCCUAAUCCUGACACUCCUAAGGUUCGAAAGGAGUUUGAGAGCUGUGGAGGAACUGCUACAAUUCUCACAGAAAACCCUAAAUCUGAAAAUGCUUUAGAAAAUGUAGAUCUGAGUAUCCUUGAUGAGCUGCAGGAUAAGGUUGCUAGGGUUAAGAAAAGGUUGGUUGAGUCCGACUCCGAUAAUCCGAUCUACAAGGAGAAAAGAAAGAAAAAGAAGAAAAAGCGUCAAAAAGAAAAAGAUGAGUUUAAUCGGUCCAACAAAUCAGCAGAGCAUAGUCAUUCACCCAGUCCAGCUAAACAUCCCACUUCGAGUCAGUCUAAACUAUCAAGCUCGAGUCAGUCUAAACAUUCGAGUUCGAAAUCCUCUAGUUCGAGUCUACCUAAAUCAUCCAGUUCAAGUCAUACGAAGUCUAAAUCAAGUCCUGUUUCAAAAGUCUUGGAUUUGAAACCUAAGGCUCCCUUCAAAUUUGAGGAUGAUAAUGAUUGGCUUGUACCGGACGACUAUGAGGAUUCCAAUUCUGAUCGUGAAAGGAGUAGAAAAGAUAAAAAGAAGAAGAAGAAGAAGAGGCUGCGAGCGGAAAGUGAUGAAGAUGUCUCCAGUGAAGAGGAUGAGAGAAGAAAACGUUUGGACGAACGAAAGCAGAAGAGAGGUGGAGACGUCCUGGCGUGGAUGACCAAGAAAGCCAAGAUCAGUGUCAAGUUCCAGGACGAAGGAAAGGAGAAGAUUCUUGAUAAAGCUAUUUAUAUAAUGAAACUGAUCGGGUCGGAUUCAGACGGCUCAAGUGACAAUGAUAAGAAAGUGCAUAGAAAAAGGGACUUGCCAAAUUCUGACGCGGAGGAGAAAAGAAGUCGCUCCUCAUCUCCUCACAUUAUUAAGAAAAGAAAGAAGAAGAAAACGAAGAGAACUCUGUCUGAAAAACAAGAAAAAUGCAUUGAACCGGAGACGGAAACCAAAAAGUUUAAAAGAUCUGUUUCAGUUCAGGAGGAGAAGCGGAGUUUUUUACCAGUCCUCAAUCGGAGUAUUUCAACUUGUGAGGCUGUUGCCUCGUUUAAGAUUCCAAAAUUAGCAAAACCUAAACCUUCAAGUGAAACCUAACCCUGCAACCAACAAAUCUUCCGAUAAGACCGAAAUCUUGAACCUCGGGUAAAAGUUAAAAACAAUUUUACAAAAAAGAACUUUUUAUAUCUGACUGAGGAUCAAGUUUUCAAACAUCACAGCCAAGCUUCCAGUUCAGCCUAAAUCUAGUAAAUCAUGUAAAAGUAUUAUCUUAUAUCAACACAUUCACUAGUUUUGAUCCCACGGUUCGAAAUGAUCCCUUUAAAGUAUUAUGCGGAUACGGAUAUCACAUUUAGAAGAAAAAUUAUCUAAACGUUUUAUCUGAUUUUUUCUCUCAAAACAAUUGAUGUCAGAAGUACGCAUUAAGUUUUAUAGGGUUAGACCUUGUUACUGCUUCCACAACUAAAGAACGAACUUCCUUCGCACUUCAACAGAUAUCAUAUCCACACAAAAUUUCCAACCUCUUUAGACUAUUUUUCAGCUGCCUAGGUUCAGGUCCAUUCCACCGAAUUAAACUUGAAAAAUUCAAAAUUAAAGCACUGUCUAACCAUUUGCGUAAUAAUUUGAACAACUUCUUACCGAAUGUCAUUAUUAAGAAGCUUAAAUUUCUUGAAGAGGGGAAUUAAAUAUCAACAAUUAAGCUUAUCUGUAUCCGAUCCGUUUUGACAUGAACUGGAACGAACCCUUCUACUAGAAUGGAUCACCUAUAUCAAUUGGAACUAUGUAGAAUGUAAUCAAUAAUACGGGUUUCUGUAUUACAAACACAGAAUAACGAAUCACAUUUGGUUAAAAUAUUCCGAAUGUACUUUACAUGAUCACCCAAAGUGCAGAAUCUCAUUUCUGACGUACAUUAUUCAGUUUGUUUUUGUUUGUGGCCCUUUCAAAUUCUGCAGUUUUUUAAGGCCAUUUUUUUAAAAUUCUAUCUGGAAAGCCUAUUGUGAUAAUCAUUCCGAUCAAGUCUUAAGCAUCCUUAUUUUCAGUGAUAAAAUUAUUAAUGUAAAAUUUCAUUCUAGUUUUUAAUAUUUUGUGUAUGAAAGUAUUCCACUAGAUUUUGCCUUAUAUUUUCUUGUCUUGUUGGUAUAUAAGUAAGCAAAGAAACCAGUGAUUGUUAAUUAGAAAGACGACUAUUGAAAAUUUUAUUUUUAAAAAUUUGUGAUAAAACUUUUGAAGAGUAGGUUUUAACUAGUGGUAGAAUGGAAAGUUACGCACUUGUGUAGACCGUUUUAUGGUAAAAUAUUAUUUUUUAUAAAUUUUCCAUUAAAAUAUUGAAUGCGAAAUAUAAAUUAUGUUCCUUAA